AUGAAGCUGAACGAGCGCAGCCUGGCCUUCUACGCCACCUGUGACACCCCGGCCGACAACACGGGCUUCCUGUACAAGAAGGGAGGCCGGCACGCGGCCUACCACCGCCGCUGGUUCGUGCUGCGCGGCAACAUGCUCUUCUACUUCGAGGACGCGGCCAGCCGCGAGCCGGUGGGCGUCAUCAUCCUGGAGGGCUGCACCGUGGAGCUGGUGGAGGCCGCCGAGGAGUUUGCCUUCGCCGUGCGCUUCGCCGGGUCGCGGGCCCGCACCUACGUGCUGGCGGCCGAGAGCCAGGCCGCCAUGGAGGGCUGGGUGAAGGCUCUGUCGCGGGCCAGCUUCGACUACCUGAGGCUGGUGGUGCGCGAGCUGGAGCAGCAGCUGGCGGCCGUGCGCGCGGGCGGCGGCCCACCCCCGGCCCGCCGGCCGCGCGCGCUUCCGUCCAAGGAGAACGGCUGCGCGGUCUGGAGCGCCGAGACCCCAGCCGCCUCCACCCCGGUUAGGGCCAAUCCCGGCUCCCGGCCCGGCCCCGAGCCCCCUCCACUGCCGCCCCGCCGGCGGGCCUCGGCGCCCAACGGACCUCUAGAUUCCGCCUCCUUCGCCCAGCUGCACGAGUGGUACGGACAGGAGAUCAGGGCGCUGAGGAGCCAGUGGCUCAGCAGCCAGGCCCAGCCCUGA